GCGGGGUGCCUCGGCCCAGUGCUUCCCGGAGCUCCGCAGCGCUCCGCGCAGUUCGUCACUGCUCCUCCCGUCUGCUCCUCUCCGCUGCUCCUGGCCAUGUCCCGGCGGCGGCACAGCGACGACAGCGAUGGGCAGCCCCACAAGAGACGGAGGACGUCCGAGCCGUCGGAAAUUGAGGAGAGGCUCGAGUCGCUCAUCUGCAGGGUGGGAGAGAAGAGUAAUUCAUCUUUGGAGAGCAACCUGGAGGGCCUAGCUGGUGUUUUGGAAGCUGAUCUGCCAAAUUACAAAAGCAAGAUACUAAGAAUACUGUGUACUGUUGCACGUCUGCUACCAGAAAAGCUUACUGUUUACACGACAUUGGUGGGCUUGCUGAAUGCCAGGAACUACAAUUUUGGCGGGGAAUUUGUAGAAGCCAUGAUUCGUCAGCUUAAAGAAUGUCUGAAAGUAAACAUGUAUAAUGAAGCUGUGCAUUUAGUACGUUUUCUAUCCGAUCUCGUGAAUUGCCAUGUGAUAGCUGCACCUUCAAUGGUAGCUAUGUUUGAGAACUUUGUGAGUGUGACACAGGAGGAGGAUGUACCCCAGGUGCGAUGUGACUGGUAUAUGUUUGCAUUUCUGUCAUCUUUGCCUUGGGUUGGAAAGGAAUUAUAUGAGAAGAAGGAUGCUGAAAUGGAUCGUCUCUUGUCUCAGGCAGAAAGUUAUCUGAAGCGCCGCCAGAAGAUUCAUGUACCCAUGCUGCAAGUGUGGACUGCUGACAAACCACAUCCACAAGAAGAGUAUUUAGACUGCCUUUGGUCGCAAAUUCAGAAAUUGAAGAAAGACCGUUGGCAGGAGCGGCAUAUCCUGAGGCCCUACUUGGCUUUUGACAGCGUUCUCUGUGAGGCACUGCAACACAAUCUGCCUCCCUUCACACCCCCACCUCACACUGAAGAUUCUGUAUACCCGAUGCCAAGGGUUAUUUUUAGGAUGUUUGACUACACGGAUGACCCUGAGGGUCCUGUCAUGCCUGGCAGCCACUCUGUUGAGAGAUUUGUAAUAGAGGAGAACCUCCACUGCAUCAUCAAAUCUCACUGGAAAGAGAGAAAGACUUGUGCUGCACAGCUGUUGAGCUAUCCAGGAAAUAACAAGAUCCCUUUGAACUACCAUAUAGUAGAGGUAAUAUUUGCAGAGUUGUUUCAACUGCCGUCUCCACCACAUAUAGAAGUCAUGUACACAACACUGCUGAUUGAGCUGUGCAAACUUCAGCCUGGCUCCUUACCACAAGUUCUUGCACAAGCCACAGAAAUGCUCUACAUGCGUUUGGACACAAUGAAUACAACAUGUGUGGACAGAUUUAUUAACUGGUUUUCGCACCACUUGAGCAACUUUCAGUUCCGUUGGAGCUGGGAAGACUGGUCAGAUUGUCUUACCCAGGACCUUGAAAAACCCAAACCCAAAUUUGUGAGAGAAGUUUUGGAAAAGUGCAUGAGACUCUCCUACCAUCAGCGAAUAAUAGACAUUGUUCCUGCAAGUUUUUCUGUCCUCAGUCCUGCUAAUCCAGUGUGCAUUUACAAAUAUGGAGAUGAGAGCAAUAGGUCUCUUCCUGGAUAUACUGUGGCACUCUGUUUAACAAUUGCAAUUAAAAAUAAGGCCAGCAAUGAUGAAAUCUUCAGCAUUUUAAAAGAUGUACCUAAUCCAAACCAGGAUGAUGAUGAUGGUGAAGGAUUUACUUUCAACCCUCUGAAAAUAGAAGUCUUUGUUCAGACUCUGCUCCAUCUAGCUGCAAAGUCUUUUAGCCACUCCUUCAGCGCCCUGGCAAAGUUUCAUGAAGUCUUCAAAACACUUGCUGAAAGUGAUGAGGGGAAGCUUCAUGUUCUGAGAGUUGUGUAUGAGGUUUGGAAGAAUCAUCCACAGAUGAUUGCUGUGCUUGUGGACAAGAUGAUUCGGACACAAAUUGUUGACUGUGCUGCAGUAGCAAACUGGAUCUUUUCUUCAGAGCUAGCACAUGACUUUACCAGGUUUUAUAUCUGGGAGAUCUUACAUUCCACAAUCCGUAAGAUGAAUAAGCAUGUCCUGAAGAUUCACAAAGAAUUGGAGGAGACCAAAGCAAGAUUGGCCAGGCAGCACAAAAGACGAGACAGUGAUGAUGAUGAUGACGAUGAUGACCGAAGCACUGAUCGGGAAGAUGGACCGCUGGAAGAGCAGAUAGAGCGCUUGCAGGAAAAAGUAGAGUCAGCCCAGAGUGAGCAGAAGAAUCUCUUUCUUGUUAUAUUCCAGCGUUUCAUUAUGUUGUUAACGGAGCACUUAGUGCGCUGCGAGACUGGUGGAAUUGAUGUAUUUACACCCUGGUACAAGAGCUGUAUAGAGAGGUUGCAGCAGAUCUUCCUGCAGCACCACCAGAUAAUCCAGCAGUACAUGGUGACACUGGAGAACCUCCUGUUUACAGCUGAACUGGACCACCACAUUCUGGCUGUGUUUCAGCAGUUUUGUGCUCUGCAGGCUUGAGGGAUCAUCUGUGGACAGAGUCUUACCUGCAGGACUUUAGUGAAAUUUAAUUUUUUUUUUUAAUGGCAAAACUUAAAAUGGGGAUGGAAGAUUUUUUUUUACUAAAACUGGCUUUCAUGUGCUCCUAUAUAAAACAAUAGAGUGUUCUAAAAAAACCAAACUGUGUAAGCAUUGUAAGCCUUAAAAGAUAUGACUAAUAGGGGAUAUUUGUGAAGUAAACUAUUAAUUCUUUUUGUUGUCUUUUAAUUUAGUUUGACUCUUCUCUUCAUUAUAGUAAUUUUAUUUCUCCCCUCUUGCCUGUAUAAAAAUCAGGCACACUCCUCCCCCCCAAAAUUUUCCUAACCUCACAACAAAAAAAGCCAACCCCAAGCAAUUGAAUUUUUUACUUCUGCUUGUCCCUUAAAUCAAAUUAAUUGCAGAAAUGAGGAUCCAUUCUUAGUGUUUUGUGAGUAUGAAAGGGGAAGCACCUUCUCAGUGAGCAGUGGGAUAAGUUCUCUAGUAUAUGACAUAGGAAAAGUGUCUUAACUUUGGACAUGUGAAACACGUUUUCAAAAUAGUAUAGAACAUACAAAUUUGUUUUGUUAUCAAGCCAGAUAGAUUUUCACAAUUUAAAAGAACAUAAAAUACAAUUUAAAUAUGUUUUUUAAAUGUAUUGUCUAGUGUCUUAUUACAAUAUCUAUAAACAGUAGACAAACUUCAUGGACCACUUCUGAAGAAUGCAAUUCUUUUUGCAUUGUGGUCAAGAAAUCAUGAACUGCUCUUGGUAGCAGUCUUCACUGAUAGAGACAGUAAGCAAGAGUUGGAGUGGAACAAAGUUCUGCAAGCCUUACCUGGGUGUUGGGAGCUCUAGCCCGUAACUCACUGGACUGUCACAUUUGCGCUGGGCUGGACCUGCAGGAUGUCAGAAAUCUUUCCUUAGUGACAGUGGAUGAACCAAGUGCUCUUGCCUCAUCUGGCUUGGCAACAACUGUUGCAUCCGCUGCGCUUCCUUCGCUUUAAAAUGUGAAGGCAGCACAUUGCUCCCAUGUCUUCAGGAAGUGUUUUAAUGCGGAAUUAAGUGAUACAUUACAGGAGGCUUAGACUGAGAACACAACUGAAAGUAGAGUGGGCUAAGCUUUGAGUUAGGCCAGUAACAUAAGGUACAUAAGGGCCAAACCAGUGUGUUCUGUACCACAGUGAGCAGCAGUGAACAGCAGAGAUGCUGCCUUAGGUGCUCAGGUCCGUCAGUGUGCAUGGAGCUUCCAAGCUGUUCAUGGUCUCUGCAUUUUGCAGGUGAAUGUUUUGAAGAAUUUCAUACCUAGUGCUGUUGAGUUUUAGCUUAUGAAAUUACGUGCUUUGAGUAAUUUUGUUCCUGUACAAUUUUUUUUUUUAGGUAUUAUACCUAGAAAUGCAUUUCAUCUGUAUAUUGACCUCCUGACUAAGCAAGGAGGGUAAAAAAUUGAACAUUUUGCUUUGACUGUUCAUCUGAUUUUUGUGUGUGGCCUGUAGCAACCCUAUAUAGCCUCAUAGACUUAGAUCUGUUACUUCUACUUUUUCUGCUUGCCCUUUCUGACUUGACUGAUUUCCGCCCUCCGCUAUUCUUUCAGGGUGUAUUGUUAUUUGUUGUAAAUUUGCUUUAUGCAAGGAUUUUGUCAGUCAUGCACGGACUUAGGCUUCAGAUCUUUCUAUGUUAAUGUUCUUGAGUAAUAAAUUAGGAUUUCUUGUAUUUUUUUUUUUUUUUUUUUUUUUUAGGAAACAUUUAAUACUUUAAAGGUUUUAAUUGGAGUUCAAUAGUUUUUUCACUGGCUUGGGUCAGUAUAAGUUCUGAUAUUAACUAAUGGUGAGGGUUCUGACUAUAAAUGUGACUUCUGUAAAGCUGGUAAUGCAGUUAGAACUUGCAAACUUGUAACUUUCUUUGAGCCUUGACAAAUACUAAUGCUGGGGAUACAGUUGCAAAUGCUUGAGUGUAAUUCUGUGUUUUAAAACCAAAUAGCAAUGUCUCAAAAUUGAUUUAACUUCCAAUCAUGCCAAGCUUUGAGCAUGGGAUUUGAUUGCAUUUCUUGAGUCUGUUGAACACCUUCACCUUCUUUUAGGUCUAAUGGUGUACACCUGACUUGACUGGGAAAUUGGCUGGAUCUGUACUAAAGAGUGAAAUGCUUAUGUAAUGAUACCAGCAGCUAACUGGAGAAACUUGGAACUGCUGAAAUAUGAAGUGGUGGAUAGUGUAAAGAUGCUGUAGAAAUGUGGUGUGGUUGGAAAAAAAUGCACAGAUAAAGACAACAAUAAAUUAAAGUGAAGCAGGUU